AUGGAUUGCAGUAAGUGCCCGAAGCCUCUGGCAGAGAAAGAUGCUAUCAAAUGCUCUGGUUGUCAACAACACAUGCACUAUAUCUGCGCCGAAAUGCAAGAAUCUGAUUUCAAGAAAAUUCUUCCCAUGAAUAAAAUUAAAUGGAAAUGUCCGGCUUGUAAAAUUAAAAAAAAUCUAACCUCGACCUCUGCUGCGUCCGCUGUCAGUUCCCCUAAACAGACGCUGGAUGAGAACAUGUCAAUCCUAAAUAUUGACACUGACGCACUUACUGUUUACUUGGACAAGAAGUUUUUAACGCUGCGUCAACAGUGGAGCGAAGACAUCAACAAAGCAAUCAAAGAUGCGACCAACACUCUAAAAGGCGAGUUGGAAAAAUUCGAGAGCAGACUUAGUAAGUGCGAAGAAAAUGUACAGCGACUAGACCAAAAACUUGAAUCUAUGGACGUGCAAGACGGCAAUGAGCUGAGACUCGAGAAUGACCGCCUUCGUAAAGACCUGGAUGGCCUGCAGACAAGACUCGAUGACUUGGAUCAGUCUGCACGUAUCUGUAAUAUCGAAAUACAAAAUAUCCCUGAAAAGAAAGGCGAAAACCUCGUUCAGCUUGCUGGCGAUAUUGGAAGGCUAAUUGGAGUACAGCUCUCGGACGAUAAAAUCAAAGCUGUUCACCGCACGGCCCACAAUGUACCCAGCGACCGUCCGAAAAACAUCGUCAUCCAGCUUACCAGCAGGCGACUACGCGAUGACGUCAUCGCGGCGGCGCGCGCUCGCCGUGAGCUCUCCACGGCCGAUCUCUUUCCCAAGACUACUGCCGCAGACGUUGCGAGGAUUCAACGAUUUUAUAUAAAUGAACACCUAACUCUAAAAAAAAAAAAUCCUAUUUGGAGAAGCGCGCAAACAGGCACGUGA